GCGGGACUUCCGUCGCUCAGGUUAGGUUGAGCCCGGCGGUGCUUUUACACUGGGAGUUUGGGGACGGGAAGAUUUUCUUCGCCACCACCGUGAGGGAAAACUUUCCCCCUCCCCCUCCCCUCUCCCUCUCCCUCCCUUCCUUACGUCCGACCAUGGCUCCCCACAAACACAGCGGCGGCAAGAACGCAGUCAAGAAGCCCAAGAUCGACCAGAUCCAGGCCGACCACGAGCUUUUCCUGCAGGCCUUCGAGAAGCCGACACAAAUUUACAGAUUUCUCCGAACCAGGAACCUCAUAGCGCCCAUCUUUUUGCACAGAACCCUCACUUACAUGUCACAUCGAUUAUCAAGGACGAACGCCAAAAGGAAGACCUUUAAGGUGAAUGAUAUGCUGGCCAAAGUAGAAAAAAUGAGGGGAGAGCAGGAAUCUCCCAGUUUGACAGCUCAUUUGCAACUUACGUUUACCGGUUUCUUCCAUAAAAAUGAAAAGCCAUCGCAAAACUCAGAGAACGAACAAAACUCUGUAUCCCUGGAGGUGCUACUUGUUAAAGUCUGUCACAAAAAACGUAAGGAUGUUAGUUGUCCAAUCAAGCAAGUGCCUACAGGUAAAAAGCAGGUGCCUUUGAACCCAGACAACAGCCAGUCCAAACCAGGCAAUUGCCCUUCCCUCGCAGUUCCCAGCAACGAGUUUGAGCCGAGCAACAGCCAUAUGGUCAAGUCGUAUUCACUGCUGUUCAGAGUGACCCGGCCAGGCAGGAGGGAGAUGAACGGAUUGACAAAUGGAGAGAUUAAUGAAAACAUUGAAAUAUCGGAUGAGCUGCCAAGUAGGCGUAAACGGAACUCCUCUCACAAGGAUGACGGGGAAAAGACCUUUGUAGCCCAGAUGACUGUCUUUGAUAAGAAUAGACGUUUGCAGCUCCUUGAUGGAGAGUAUGAAGUAGCCAUGCAGGAAAUGGAUGAAUGCCCUGUCAACAAGAAGAGAGCCACGUGGGAAACCAUCCUCGAUGGAAAGCGGUUGCCUCCUUUUGAAACCUUUUCUCAGGGUCCUACACUCCAGUUCACCCUCCGAUGGACGGGAGAUGCUGCAGAUAGAUCCACUGCUCCAGUAGCUAAACCUCUUGCAACUCGCAAUACAGACACCACAACUGCAGAGACCAAGCUCAACUCCGUGAAACCAACACAGACCCUCUCUGUAAAAGACUCUCUGACAACUGAACUUCAAAGUAAAAAGGAACAAGUUUCAAUGGAACCACGGCAGAAAUUAAGGAUAUUCUAUCAGUUUCUUUAUAACAACAACACACGGCAGCAAACUGAAGCCAGAGAUGACUUGCACUGUCCCUGGUGCACACUAAACUGUCGGAAGCUCUACAGCCUGCUGAAGCACCUCAAGCUUUGUCAUAGCAGGUUUAUCUUCAAUUAUGUGCCUCAUCCUAAAGGUGCUAGGAUAGAUGUAUCCAUCAACGAGUGUUACGACGGCUCCUACGCAGGGAAUCCUCAGGAUAUUCAUUCCCAGCCUGGCUUUGCCUUUAGCCGCAAUGGUCCGGUGAAAAGAACACCAGUCACCCACAUCCUGGUUUGCAGACCAAAACGUACUAAACCAAGUCUGUCGGAGUUCUUGGAGUCUGAAGAUGGAGAAGUGGAGCAGCAGCGGACAUACAUCAGUGGCCACAACCGCCUUUACUUCCACAGUGACACCUGUCUCCCCCUCAGGCCGCAGGAGAUGGACGUGGACAGUGAGGAUGAGAAAGACCCCGAGUGGCUGCGGGAGAAAACCAUUACACAAAUCGAUGAGUUCACGGAUGUUAAUGAAGGAGAGAAAGAAGUGAUGAAACUAUGGAACCUGCACGUUAUGAAACAUGGAUUCAUCGCUGACAAUCAGAUGCAUCAAUCCUGCCUGCUCUUUGUAGAGACUUGUGGACCAAGAAUAGUUGAGAGGAGCCUGUGUCGGAACUUCCUGCUCCACCUGGUUAGCAUGCACGACUUCAACUUGAUUAAUUUAAACACCAUAGAUAAAGUGAUGGCCAGGCUCGGGGAGCUGCAGCAGAAGCUGCAGAGGGAUCACUUGGCUUUGAAACUGAGACAGGAGGCGGCAGCUGACGGUCAGCUGAACAGUGAAGACAGUGGUGCGGCGUUGAGAGACAAAGCGACCAGCACUGACAUUCUCUCCUCAGGUGUCACCAAACAGAGCAAAAGGCACAAACUCUGAAGUCAAACCACUCGCCCCCGUCUUCCCUGACCCCUGACACCCACCACCUCCCCACCCCUCAUCCUUUUGCCCACACCCCCCCUGUCCUCGCCUUUCUCUGGACACAGUGGGACAUCACAGUGAGGAGAGAAGGUGCAGAUGGAGAUUUAUUUGUAUGCAUCGCAGCUGCAGUUGGCACGCUCCCAAUGAACACGGGGCUAAUCAUUAACUGAGUGAAACAAGAUAGCAGUGUUGUAUUAAGAUACUUUAUUCUUGUAAAUGUUGGUGUGUUCAUUUAUUUGUACUUAUUUUAGCUGAUGGAGUACAAUUUUAAAAAGACAUUACAUUCAUCACAGUGAACCAAGCCAGCACGGUUCAUCUGCCUACAGAUGUUCUUUGUGCUAAUCAUUCUUUCUAGAAUAUCUUAUUUUGGCUACAAAAACCAAAUAUUUCACCCAUCAUAUUGGCAGUUUAAAAAAAAAAAACGGUAUUGUAUAGUUUUAAAAUCUAUCUCAGAAGUGUUUUUUUGUGAUAAAGAAAUCUCUGAAAGGAUUGUGUUUCACCUCACAUUCUUUUUUUUGAAGAAAGCAUGUACUUUAGAUGAAAUAUGCUGUAUUUCAUGAGUGUAACACAAAUCCUCUCUUUCAAAAAAACAAGUGCAAUUUAAAUAUUGUUUAUAUCUCGGUCUCAAUUUCCUAGUGACACAGGGGCAGUGCGAAUCUUCCUUUUAUGGAAAGGACUCCUGUUUUUUAAGUCUUUAUAAUUUCUGUUUUAAGAUGACAUUUCUACUCUUUGCUCACGUGCCUCUUUGUGUCCUUUGCUCUUACAUUAAGCCUUUUUCUGCAUUUGUUUUGUUGCUUUCAGCUUGCUGUUAUGCCAAAGCAUAUGCGUGAUGUGCUUCAUUUAGGCUUUUUAAAAAAAAAACACACAAAAGCUUUGGUGUCGGAUGCUGUGUCUCACCGUUAUUUUUUGCUCUGGUAUUGUCGGGGCUACCUUCUCCACGGCAACUUGGGAAAGAUACGUAUAAAGGAGGGGAGGGGAAAGCCAUUUGGACCAGUGUUGCUGUGAUUGCUUUGCGGUGGUCACGCCAAGCUUGUCUUAACAACAGUAAAGAAACACUGUAUAAAGUCGGAGGCAUUUUGAACCACUCCAGAACUGAGUGGGUGAGAAGGGACAACACUUGGCCAGAAGUACUUCACCUCUCUGUGCAAUUUAUACUAUCAUGUUUUUAUUUUCCUGUUACCAGACCACAAGGUAUUUAUUGCAAGAGACACUAAAAAAAAAAGACGGAUAAGAGGUAUGUAUUUUACGCAGUAUUUUGUCACAUCAGAUAAAUCCGUUGUGCAGGUAGAACACAUUUCUGAGUUAUGUUAAUGUUUACAGUUUUUUUUCCAAUGGAAAGUGUUUCUCUGCCUCUACUGGUGCAGUAUAAGGAAUGCAGGUUUUUUUUUUUAAAUUCAGUAAACACUGGGCCAAGUAACAUUGUCUAUUUUGAAAACUUUCAGAAAGAUUACUUUUUUUCUUGUUUUUGUAGGAAAAAAACUUAUUUAAAAUGAGAGGGAAGGGUGCUGCUGUUGAUUGAUAACAUGUUGAAUUUUACUAUAUCCCAUAAAUGGCUGAUUUUUCUUUAUUCCCAGCUGUAACAAUAUGCAUUUCUGUGAAUUGUUUUAUCCCUUUUUCCCCGGGUGUCUGUAUAGUCUCUGCUUUCUUGUUUGUGGCUUUGACCUGCUAAUGCUCUGCACAUGUAAAUCUGAUCUUUUUUUUGUAUUUUCGGUUGGGGUGCUGUAGUGUUUUUCUCGCUGCUAAUGUUUCUAAGCAAAGUAAUUCUCGGCUGCCACGGAUGGUUGGCACGGCCGACACAGUUUGACAGCCCAAGGUUUUGAAUUAAUGCUGGAAAUUUUGGAUCUCGUGAUAUUUUACACUGACAUUUCGUUUUUUUUUAUAAAAAAAAGACCCCGUACCUUCCUGUCACAGUUUUGUAACCAAACUGGUCAUCGAAAUGUUAAUGGGUUUUUCUAUUUAAAAAAAUAAAUAAAAUAAGCAAUUUUCCUACUUCAAACUGAAUGCCUAUAAUGCCAACCUUGCAAAACGUAAAUUAAAAUCUCAAUUUAGAAAUUAAGAUUGACGACUCCUUAAUAAAGUGGAACUUGAGUGACUAGGUGAUUUACGCACUCUGUUUAACCUGAAAGGAAAUUGUUGCUGGAUGUUCAAACGCAGUGAUUAACUCUCUUUCGGACCAUCUAUUAGAAAUUACAAUGAAAGGUGCUGUCUUGAACCCCGAGAUACAAUCCAAUACGAUAUAACUUUAUUUAUCCCAGGAGGGAAAUUGAUCUGCCAACUGUCAUAAAACACAAAUGACAUGAAACAUGAAAUUAAAGUGACGAGUGGAAAGGCUUGGGGGAUGUGCAAAGAGGGUGGGGGGUCUGUUGUGAUGGUGUGUCAGGCAGCAUCAGAUGCUUCUCCAAACCAUCAUUGAAAGUUUAAGCUCACUCGACCUUCACCAGUCAGUGUACACUGGUGAACAUGAGUGGAUCUGUUGCUCUGUCAACUCUUGGCUUGCCCCUGUAAAAGCAUCGGACACCAAAUGUAUUGCCUGGGACCUCUGCAUGAAUUCCUUGCUGACUGGAGAUAAUGCAAAUGGGGGUAAACCAUAUUUUUUACCUAUUGGGAAGCGUAAAAUAAUUCCUUAGCAUGCAUAGAGAAGCAGUAAUGUGCUAAGAAUCAGGUUUCACUAGGGGACGUUUGUACCCUACUGUAGCACAUGGGCAUGUCUCGAAUGGAUAGCAAUGGGGAGAGCAGAGUUGCUGUGACUGCCGGUAAACAGACCGACCACCUGCUUUGAGUGGGACCAAGUACGGAGUAUCUCAGUGAGUCAGGCAGUAUCCCUUGACAACAUGGAGAGAUGACAUUUCAAGGCAAGACAAUAGGUGCCCUUCAGGCCCAGAUCAUUUCUUCAGGCUUGGGACUGAGUGGUCAAAUGCCCUUUUAACUGCCCAGUGUACAAAUACGAUGGUCAAAUUGGGUGUUGGCUGUUUGACACAGCGUAGAUGGUUAAUUAGAACUCCAGUUCCUUGAUCUUCAUUUGGUUGAUAAAUUGAGGAAAUGGUAACACACGAAAACACUUUCAAUUUUGUCUUUAAACUGUUUCAUUCUGUGUUUUUGUUUUGUUUGACCAUGCAUUGCAUAAUGUGUAACCUCUCCCCACUCUAUGCUCUGUGUACAUAUUCAUGUGGUGAUUGCCUUGUGCUGUGGUAAGGUUUGGGGGGUACGGAAUUGACCGAGGUCGUGGCAAAUUCAUUCUCGCGUUCUAUCUGUGUAACACGGGCCACGAUCACCAAACCAACCAUAUUAGUGCUCGAGUGUGGAACGAGCAAUUCGCCAAUUUUUCAUCCAUUCAAUUAAUUUCAAUUUUUCUACCAUAUUUCUAAAGUAUCUCAAACCUUUGAAGAACUACCUCACCAUAGUCACUUAGUGGGGGAAAACUGAAUUGUAAAUGGGAUGUUGCAUGAGGCCUAAUAUAGAAUAAAUAAAUACUGUGAUUGUC